AUGGUACGUGCCCUCAAGAUCACAAUAAUAACCUGUCUGUCUCAACACGGAAUCAAACGUCAGCAUGUCUCGGAUGCGGCAAAGAGUGCCAAAAUUCAAAGAGAUAAGAAGAAGAUUGCCCAUUAUCGUAACCUAACAGAUGCUUGCUUAGAUCUCAGAGAUUCUCACACAUAUACACAAGAUGCAUAUGAUAAGACCAGUAAGCUACUUGAGGAAAACCCUGAGUUCAAUGCCAUUUGGAAUUACCGUCGAGAUAUCCUUGAGUCGUGGCAAUCAAACAACAAAGAUAUUGUCACCCAUUUGCUUGAAGAAUUAAACCUUUCAAUGGGCCUCUUGAAACGCUUCCCAAAGUGUUAUUGGAUCUGGAGUCAUCGGGUCUGGGUUCUUUUCAAGUUGGAAAGCUUAAAUAAACCACAAUGGAGUACGGAGUUAAUGAUUGUGGCGAAGAUGCUAGAGUAUGAUCUGAGAAACUAUCAUGGAUGGAGCUACAGAAGGUUCAUUGUGGACAACAUAGAGAAGGCUGAAACCAGCGCAACCACCACAGCAAAUGAAGAUGAGCAGAUCUUAGCGUUAGUGAAGAUCAAUUCAAAGGAAUUCGAAUACACUACGUCUAAAAUCAACAAUAUCUCCAAUUUUUCAGCAUGGCAUAACCGAAGUCAAUUGAUACCAAAGAUAUAUAAACUGUUUCAGCUGUUAAAGGAUAAGAGCUUAUUCCCCCAACUUCAACCUAUAUUUUUAUCUCCUUAUUCCUUACUACAACAUGAACUUGAUUUGGUGAAAACAGGUAUGUAUGUUGAUGCUGAUGAUUCUUCGGUGUGGUUAUAUUUGUCCUGGCUCCUCACAGAUAAAUUCUUUGUUGAGUCCUUUGAAUCAACUCAAAACUAUAAGGAUGUUCUUCUGCAGCAGCUUAACAUAGUUGAAGAGUUGAACGAGUUGGAAAAGGAUGAUCAUCCUAAAGGUUGGGAUAACAGAUGGUGUCUUAAGGCUAUGAUUCUUAUUCGCACAUUACUUGACGACUCUCCUGAAAAUGAUGAUCUUACUAAAAAUUGGUUAAAGAGAUUGAUUGAUAUUGAUCCUUUAAGGAAAAAUAAGUAUAUGGAUCAGUUAAAUGGGAAACUGGUUAUCGUUUCCAUUUGA